CACGUACUCUGCAAGUUUCAGCCUUGGAGAACGUAGCCUAGUCCUCACCGCCCCGUGCGAGAUCUCAUAUCACGGCCUUGCAACAACUGACACGUACUGGACCUCACCGGAGGAGAAGAUGUUGCUGGACGUGAACAGAAAGCUGUUUGCUCGCUCGGAUCGCGUCAAGGGCGUGGACUUCCACCCUACGGAGCCAUGGCUGCUCACGGGUCUCUACAACGGCACAGUCAACAUCUACAACGUCGAGACUGGCGCGAUUGUCAAGACAUUCGAAGUCUCCGAGGUGCCUGUUCGCUGCGUGCGCUUCAUUCCCCGGAAGAACUGGUUCGUGGCAGGCUCGGACGACUUCCAACUCCGUAUCUUCAACUACAACACGCAUGAGAAGGUCACCGCGUUCGAGGCGCACCCGGACUAUAUCAGAUGCCUCACCGUGCACCCGACGGCAAGCAUUGUCCUGACGGGCAGCGAUGACAUGACGAUCAGAGCAUGGGACUGGGAAAAGCAGUGGAGGUGUAUACAAACGUACGAAGGCCAUACUCAUUACAUCAUGAACAUCGCCAUCAACCCGAAAGACCCGAACACUUUCGCGUCGUCCUGUCUCGAUCGGACAGUGAAGAUGUGGUCAUUAGGCUCCUCGACACCCAACUUUACCCUCGAGGCGCACGACAAGGGUGUCAACUAUGUCGAGUUCUACCCUGGCGCGGACAAGCCGUACCUGGUGACCGCAAGUGACGACAAGACGGUGAAGAUAUGGGACUAUCUUAGCAAGAGUUGCGUUCAGACUCUUGAGGGCCACACUAACAAUGUCCUUUUCGUCGUCUUCCACCCGAACCUUCCGCUUAUCAUCAGCGGCGGGGAGGAUGGGACGGUAAAGCUGUGGAACAGCGGGACGUACAGGCUAGAAAACACACUCAGUUACGCUUUGGAGCGCGCUUGGUGCAUUGCAUUGCGCAAGACGUCGAACGAGAUCGCUGUUGGCUAUGAUGAGGGCAUCGUGGUCGUGAAGUUGGGCCGUGACGAACCGACAUACAGCAUGGACCCCUCCGGCAAACUCAUCUACACCCGCAACAACGAGGUUCUGUCCGCGAACCUGCAGACCGUCCAGGACGAGGCCUUCGUGGAGGGCAACCGGAUACAUCUGUCGCUCAAGGAACUUGGCACGACGGAAAUCUUCGCAACGUCGCUCAUGCAUUCGCCGAAUGGGCGGUUCGUUACCGUUGUCGGCGACGGCGAGUACAUCGUGUACACCUCACUCGCGUGGCGGAACAAGGCAUUCGGCAGCGGGAACUCGUUCGCAUGGGCGGGCGACUCGAACACGUACGCGGUGCUGGAGGGGCGGACGAAGGUGCGCGUUUACAAGAACUUCCGCGAGCGCGCGGGUGCGCCGAUGAAGGGUGCAGGGUCGUGGAGCAUCGACGGGCUGCAUGGCGGGACGCUGUUGGCAGCACGGGGAAGCGGGUUCGUUGUGUUCUGGGAUUGGGAGACUGGAGAGAUCGUGCGUAGGAUCGAAGCGGAUGCCAAAAAUGUCUUCUGGUCGGGCACAGGCACGCUGGUGACCAUUGCCACUGACGAGUCGUUCUAUGUACUGCGUUUCGAUCGGGACGCGUACAAUGCGAAGUUGGAGGCAGGCGCGGAGAUUGGGGACGAGGGUGUCGAGGAGGCGUUCGAACUCGUCGCUGAGAUUCCUGAUGCCGUGCGGACGGCGAAGUGGAUUGGCGACUGCUUUAUUUACACCACGGCCGCGAAUCGAUUGAAUUACUUCGUCGGUUCGGAGUCCUACACUAUCACACCAUUCGACACACCGUUGUACCUCCUCGGCUUCUUGCCUUCACAUAACCGUGUGUACCUUGCGGAUAAGGACAUGUACGUGUACAGCUAUGCCUUGUCAUUGAGCCUGGUCGAGUAUCAAACGGCGGUUUUGCGAGGCGACAUGGACGCUGCUACAGAAAUCCUCCCUACUGUUCCGAAAGAGCAGAGGAACAAGGUCGCGGCAUUCUUGGAAGGCAGAGGACUCAAGGAACUUGCAUUGCAGGUCACAACCGAUCCGGAUCACAAGUUUGAUCUGUCGCUGCAGCUCGAUGAUCUCGAUGCCGCAGUCGAGAUUGCGAGGACCAUUCCCGAGCUGGAGGCGGAGUCGAAGUGGAAGGCGAUCGGAGACCGAGCGCUGGCCGUGUGGCGCUUCGACCUUGCGCGGGAAAGCUUCGAGAAGGCCGGCGAUCUGAGUGCGCUGAUGCUGCUAUUGCUAUCAAUCGGCGAUAGAGAUGGUUUGGCGAAGCUAGCUGUUAUAGCAGAGGAGAAAGGGCAGAACAACCUCGCAUUUGCAUCCUUGCUGCAACUUGGUGAUGCGAAGCCAUGUGUUGACCUGCUCAUCAAGACGCACCGAGCGCCUGAGGCUGCGAUUUUUGCGCGCGCGUAUUCCCCGAGUAAGGUUCCCGAGGCAGUGUCAGCGUGGCGGGCGGAGCUCAAGGCGAAGAACCGCCCGAAGCUCGCUGCUGCGGUAGCGGAUCCCCACGACAACCCGGAACUAUUUGAAGAAGGGUGGGAAGCGGCGCUGAAGCGUGAGCAGGGCGAGGAAGCUUCGACGGAGGCUGAACCUGCGCCGCGCGUGAACGGGGAUGCAGAAGAGGAGACUGCGGACGCGGUCGAGCCUGCAGAGGAGGAGUAGCGCUGAUUCCGUUGCUUGACGAGUCUCGGCAAGGCAGCUUCGCAAGGAGCAUAUGGCGUCUGUGGUCUGGUACAGACGAAAAACGAUGCUAUCUCCAAGGACGUUUCCGGUAGGCAAUGCUGUGGCUAGUGUAGAGUUUAUUUAUCUCUCGGUGGCGGAUGACAUCUCAAUCAUGCACUGCUAUCGGCGACACCUGGCGACAGGUGCGAGCGUGGUGAGCACCCUACGUUUCUCGCCACGAACUGCCUUGCGGCAGCUGCAAGACGUAACAAGAUAAAUGCUCGAAUCCAUGGCAUCUAUCGGCGAGCAGCCCUUUUAUAAGAGGGCAGAGGGUCAAACAUUGAGCGUUGAAUACGGCGGCCUUAGUACGAAAUAGUUCACCGAGAAUAGGUUACUGUGGUGUUAUG